UUAUUACAAAUACUUGGUCAUUAAACGGUUCUACUCAAUGUUUUAGUAUUUGAUAUGACUUAAGUCAGUGGUGUACGACAAGCUAACUAGUUAAUAUAAAGGAAAAAUAAAUUAAAAAUAUGAAUUGAUAUUUCCACACAGGGUGCCUAACAGAGAUUGAGAGCUACAAUUCUAUUGGACCAUUCAUUUCAAAGUCUUGCGCUCAUUGGUUAAAUAUGGUAGAUACAGAGUUAAUAAAACGGGGGUCUCUAGAGCGUCAUUUUUGUAUUAAUCUUGCAAUCAUAUCAUCAUGUCUGGUCGUGGUAAAGGUGGCAAAGUUAAGGGAAAGAGCAAGACUCGAUCCAGUCGUGCUGGUCUUCAAUUUCCUGUUGGUCGUAUUCAUCGUCUUUUGCGAAAAGGAAAUUAUGCUGAAAGAGUAGGUGCCGGCGCUCCCGUCUAUCUUGCUGCAGUUUUAGAAUACUUGGCUGCUGAGGUUCUGGAGUUGGCUGGUAAUGCAGCUCGAGAUAACAAGAAGACCAGAAUCAUUCCUAGACAUCUUCAGCUGGCUAUAAGAAACGACGAGGAAUUAAAUAAACUGCUCUCUGGUGUCACUAUUGCACAGGGUGGAGUGCUUCCCAAUAUCCAGGCUGUACUACUCCCAAAAAAGACAGAAAAGAAAGCAUAACUUAUCCUUGACAUUGCCACCCACCCUCAAAAAAAGGCCCUUUUAAGGGCCAAAAAAUAUACCAAAAAGAAAAUGCUUAAUUGCUUGAAUUAGAAAGAGGCGACACAUGUACAAUUGUGUAUUUUUCUGUUUCUUUAUCAUAUGUUCUAUAAGAUCUAAUUUUAAUACAAUGUUGAGAGUAACAGACAUUUGCAUCCAUUAUGAUGCAAAUAUUUAAGGAGGAACUUAAAGGAAUUAAAAUUAAAUGUCUCCCAAAAAUUCAUAUUUUAAUCGUAUAUAAACAAUGUUUUAAAACACA